UUGUUAAUUAUUUGGAAAUUAUCCCUCAAAAGGAAUACAUGAACUGCAAUUCUAAUUCACACGUUCUUUCCAGACAAAGAAUAAAGGGUUAUUAUUAUUCCUAUUUUUGUAAGAAUCUUUCAGCUUUAUCUUUACUUAGACUCUCAGUUUUUAAUUCGACAAUGGCUUCCAUCAAAGUGUUAAAGUUUCCAAAAGCUCAUACCCAGAAGUAAUUCUUACUGAUUAAAUGCUUCUACUUAAAUAUCUUCAAGAGUAAGAUUCAUGAACUGCUCUUUCACUUUAUUAAAUAUGGGCACCAGGUGUUUGUGUUAAUGCUUCAAAGAAGUUUCCAUUGAUCUCCUUCAUUUACAUACUUGUUUUCCUCUUCAUUGCUGCUUUCUCAAUGGCGAAUAUCAUUUUGACAGUUCUUAUCUUACUACUUUCCAUCUGUUUCUCUGAACAGCAUCAAUCAUCAAAUGCAAAGAUUUUAUUAAAAAUCAAAUUUCUUCUCAACUACCCAUCUGUUUUAAGUAGCUGGAACACGAAAACGGAUUUCUGCAACAUUGAACCAACUCAAUCCUUAACUGUUACUUGCUAUGAAGAAAGCAUAACCCAGAUUCAUAUCAUUGGGAAUGAAGGAAAUCCUCCAUUACCACUUAAUUUCUCUAUUGAUUCCUUUGUAAGGACUCUUUCCAAACUUCAAACUAUUAAAGUCCUCACGCUGGUUUCUCUAGGUUUAUGGGGUCCUCUUCCUCGAAAAAUUGCGAGGCUGUCAUCUCUCGAAAUUCUGAAUAUGAGUUCGAAUUUCCUAUAUGAUUCCAUUCCGAAUGAAAUUUCUUAUUUGACAAAUAUGCAGACACUCAUCCUCGACAGGAACAUGUUCUCGGGUCAUCUUGUGGAUUCGGUUGGUUCGAUGUCUGCUCUGUCUGUUUUGAGCAUAAGAAACAAUUCCUUGAAUGGUACUUUACCGGAAUCAUUAGGAAGAUUGGAGAAUCUUCGAGUUAUUUCUCUUGCUCAUAACCAGUUAUCUGGUGAAGUGCCGGAUCUUGGAAGUUUGGUGAAUCUGCAGGUUCUAGAUUUGGAUGGGAAUUUCUUCGGGCCUCAAUUUCCUAAUCUGUGUGACAAACUGGUUACACUUGUUUUAAGGAAUAACAAGUUUGGAUCUGGAAUUCCGAAAGAGUUGACGUCUUGUUAUCAGCUCGAGAAACUAGAUGUUUCUUUGAAUAGAUUGGUUGGUCCGUUUCCAUUGCCUCUAUUAUCGUUACCAUCGAUCAAGAAGCUUGACAUUUCUGGCAACAGAUUGACCGGAAUGCUCUAUGAGAAUUUAUCUUGCAAUUCUGAACUUGAAUUUGUGAAUUUCUCGUCCAAUCUUCUUACUGGAGGUUUGCCUAGCUGUUUUCAAUCUCUAUUCAAGGAUGGAAUAGGUCUUUAUUCAAACAAUUGUUUAUCCACUGGAGAUUUAAGCCAGCUUCCGUUAUCUUUCUGCCAAAUCGAAGCUUUGGCAGUGGGACCUGAUCGUAAUAAAUCUAAGCAUCCUAGUAGAGGUGUUCUUGCGAUGAGCAUUGUUCUUGGGAUCGUUGGUGGAAUUAUUCUUGUUGGUUUUGUAUUUUUAUUCGCUAGAAAGGUUAGUUUGAAGAUGCCAAGGGGGAAUUUCCUUCAAAGAUCAAGUCUUGAGAAUGCAUCAUCAACUGGGUACUCCUCAAAAGUUCUUGCUGAUACAAGAUAUAUUUCUCAAGCAAUGAAGAUAGGAGCUCUUUGUCUUCCAGCUUAUCGGACCUUUUCAUUGGAGGAGCUCGAGUUAGCAACCAACAAUUUUGACACAUCGAAUUUUGUUGGCGAAGGUUCUCAUGGUCAGAUAUACAGAGGGCAGCUGAAAGAUGGUUCGGUUGUGGCUAUAAGAUGUGUGAAAACGAAAAGACGGCAAGGAACUCAAAGCUUUAUGCAUCAUAUUGAUUUGAUCUGGAAACUUAGACAUAAGCAUUUGGUUAGUGCUCUUGGACAUUGCUUUGAGUGUUACUUGGAUGAUGCAACUGUUAGCAGGAUGUUUAUCAUUUUUGAAUAUGUACCUAAUGGAACACUCAGGAGUUGGGUUUCUGAGGGUUGUUACCAGAGAAAACUAACUUGGUCACAGCGAAUAGCAGCUGUAACAGGGGUGGCAAAGGGUAUCCAGUUUCUACAUACAGGGAUCGUUCCUGGAGUCUUUACAAAUAAUUUGAAAAUAACCGAUAUUUUAAUGGAUCAGAACCUUGUUGCAAAAAUUAGCGGUUACAACUUGGCUCUUUUAUCGGGAAGCUUAAUAAGGCAGGAUGGUAUUGAAGUUCCUUCUGGUGCGCGGAAUGAAUUAAAACCGAGGGAAAGAAGAGAGGAGAAAUCCGAUAUGUAUGGCUUUGGAGUCAUUCUAUUAGAAGUUCUGCUUGGAAGGCCAAUCAAUUCGAAGCGUGAAAUAGAUGUCGCAAAAUAUCAAUUGCAAAUAUGCAUUAGUGCUGAAGGUGUAGCUAGAAGGAGCAUAGUUGAUCCAGCAAUUCAGUACAUACAUUCAGAAGAAUCAUUGAAGACAGUUAUGGAAAUUUGCAUCAGAUGCUUGCACAAGAACACUUCUGAAAGGCCUUUGAUUGAUGAUGUCCUUUGGAACUUGCAGUUUGCUGCUCAGGUACACGAUGCACAGAGCAAUGACGGUUCUCCUAUAUCCUCUUUCAACCCGACACUCGUUAGACAGUAAGAGCAACACGAAAAACAUAAAAUUUCCUUCUUAAUUGACGAAAUACUAUGGGAUUUUGCCUUCUUGACAAUGAAUGAAAUUUGAUAUUUUAUUUUUGAAAGUAGGUUUUAGCCACUUUUAGGCUAAUACUCUCAAAUUUGCAGCUAUGAAUCUUAUGUAGUAUGAAUGGUUUUGCUUGUGUUUAUACAAAAUGAUGCAUACUUUUGUU